AUGUCGGAAAAGAGAACGUUUUCCGGCAUUCCGCUGUCGUCCAACAAACAGGUCAACGGCAGCAAUAGCCAGGUUUCGCAAAAGAUCAAGGCCUUCUUCCGCAUCAACAGCAGCAGUAGCGAAAAGGACCGCAAAGCCUCGGACGAGGGUAGCAGCCUCUCGAUCCCCAAGAACGACUCCAAAUCUUCCUUUCGUCAAUCGCGCUUCAUCCCUCACAUCACUCGCAACCGCUCCCAGACCGUAGCUAGCGAAGGCAACCCGCUCGACGAUGGCGUUUCCCCAACCGCACAUGCCAACCCGUACUUCGUCCACCAGGGCCCUCCUGCUCUGCGCCAUCACAAUGAGGGUAGCGUACCCCCCUCCCCACCCGACACACCACCAAUCCCAAAGAUAGAUACUGGCAAUGGAGGAACCGAUCAAGCCACCACAGCCGGUAAGGAGGAAUUGGCCAGGAAACUGCGAAGGGUAGCAUCUGCUCCGAACGCCCAAGGCCUUUUCUCAAAAGGAAAUUCAUCCGAGCGGCCGCAGACUGCAGAACUUGGCAAGCAGCCUUUGGUGCACCACCCAAACACAUCCACGCUUAGUAUGGUCGAGACCGCGGUGGAAGACCCGACACAUCUCAUCCCCGCCGAUCCCACCAAGGGCAUACCGUCUCCAGGCCAGAUCCGUAACUCGGUAGCCUUCAGGAGAACAUACAGUUCUAAUUCGAUCAAGGUCCGAAACGUUGAGGUCGGCCCGGGCAGCUUUGACAAGAUUAAGUUGAUUGGAAAAGGCGAUGUGGGCAAAGUGUACCUGGUUCGGGAAAAGAAGUCGAGUAGGCUGUAUGCCAUGAAAGUUCUGAGCAAGAAGGAGAUGAUCAAGCGCAACAAAAUCAAGCGUGCGCUUGCCGAGCAGGAAAUCCUAGCCACCAGCAAUCAUCCCUUCAUCGUUACUCUAUAUCACUCAUUCCAAUCAGAAGACCAUCUCUACCUCUGCAUGGAAUACUGCAGCGGUGGAGAGUUCUUCAGGGCUCUGCAAACCCGACCAAAUAAGUGUGUCGAUGAGGACGCGGCUCGGUUCUAUGCGGCUGAAGUGACAGCUGCACUCGAGUACCUUCAUCUCAUGGGCUUCAUCUACCGCGAUUUGAAGCCAGAAAAUAUUCUGCUCCAUCAGUCAGGCCACAUCAUGCUGUCAGACUUCGACUUGUCUAAACAGUCGGAUCCCGGAGGUCGGCCGACUAUGAUUGUAGGCCGUAACGGAACGUCCUCCAGCAACCUUCCCACGAUCGAUACCAAAUCUUGUAUAGCGAACUUCAGGACGAAUUCGUUUGUCGGAACCGAGGAGUACAUCGCCCCGGAAGUUAUCAAGGGUUGUGGUCACACGUCCGCAGUUGAUUGGUGGACUCUUGGCAUCUUGAUCUACGAGAUGCUCUAUGGGACGACUCCGUUCAAGGGCAAGAAUCGUAACGCGACUUUUGCGAAUAUUCUGAGGGAUGAUGUGCCCUUCGCAGAGGGCAAUGGUGCUCCACCGGUUUCUGGCAACUGCAAAUCCUUGAUUCGAAAGUUACUCAUUAAAGACGAGCUGCGCCGCCUUGGAUCCCGAGCCGGCGCCUCCGACGUCAAGACACACCCCUUCUUCCGCGCUACCUCUUGGGCUUUAUUGCGACAUAUGAAACCUCCGAUCGUCCCUAAUCAAGGCCGUGGCAUCGAGACGCCGAACUUCCGGAAUGUUAAGGAAAGCCAAAGUGUCGACAUCGGUGCCGCGAAAGCCAAGGGUGUUCCUUUAGAUUCUGGCCUUGCUACACCUAUGGGGGAGGUCGCAGAUCCCUUUGAAGAGUUCAACAGCGUCACACUUCACCACGAUGGCGACGAUGGGCACGACCACCAUUUUGAUGGGGAGCACCUGGAAUUACAACAGACAAGCUCACAUCGGUAG